UCUUCUCUCAUCACUUGGGUCUCAGCUAGUCAAAUGACCUGCCUGGAGGGUGAGCCAAAGGGACCUUCCCCAGGCCUGGCACCGAAGAACGUCUGAGCAGGAAAUGCAGGAGGAGGAUGCACAGCAGGUGCACGCAGUACUUCUCGGCAUAACAAACUCGAGAGGCUGCGUUGAGGGUGACAAGAGACCUGCCUGUAGCUGGGAGUGGCAUGCAAACCAGAAUGCAACGCCCAGAGCUGAAUGAAGUCUGCCCUGAUGAGGGAGACAGCUACGUUGUGCAUCCUAAGAUUUGCGACCUUGAAAUGGUUCCCAAUCUCAGACACAGCAAUAGUGGCUUCUGUAAGAGCAAGAGGAAGGCUCACUUUGCCACUGGCAAUAAUGAAAAGGAGAAUCUCAGCUCGUGGAUUCCUGAAAACAUCAAGAAGAAGGAGUGUGUGUACUUUGUUGAAAGUUCCCAAAUGUCAGAUACUGGGAGGCUCAUGUGUGAGUGUGGUUACCCCAGGGAACAGCACCUGGAAGAGGCUACAAAGUCAUCUGUUUUCCUGGGGAAAGAAUGGGACCCCAAGAGGCACAUCCAAGAAAUGCCGACGGACGCAUUUGGUGAUAUCAGCUUUGCGGGUCUGGGACCAAAGGUGGCAAAGUAUGUGCGUGUCUCAGCGGACACCCCUCCGUGCGUUAUCUACCAGCUGAUGACUCAGCAUUGGGGCCUCGACGUGCCCAACCUGCUCAUCUCUGUGACUGGGGGAGCUAAGAACUUCAACAUGAUGCCAAGGCUGAAGAACAUCUUCCGACGGGGGCUGGUCAAGGUGGCCCAGACAACAGGUGCCUGGAUCAUAACGGGUGGGUCCCAUGCCGGUGUGAUGAAGCAGGUGGGGGAAGCUGUGAGAGACUUCAGCAUGAGCAGCAGCUGCAAAGAGGGUGAAAUUGUCACCAUCGGCAUAGCCACCUGGGGGACCGUGUACAACCGUGGUAGCCUCAUCUGCCCCAUGGGCAGCUUCCCGGCUGAAUACGUGGUGGAUGAGGAGAGCCAGGGGAACCUGUCCUGCCUGGACAGCAACCACUCCCACUUCAUCCUGGUGGAUGAUGGGACCCAUGGCAGAUAUGGUGUGGAGAUCUCCCUGAGGACCAGACUGGAGAAGUUCAUUUCCGAGCAGACUAAGGUGAAAGAAGGAGUCGCCAUCAAGAUCCCAAUUGUCUGUGUAGUGCUGGAAGGAGGACCCGGGACGCUUGAUACAAUCUACAAUGCAAUCACCAAUGGCACCCCAUGCGUGAUAGUGGAGGGGUCCGGGCGUGUGGCCGAUGUCAUUGCACAGGUGGCCAAUCGGCCUGUUCCAGAGAUAACCAUCUCCUUGAUCCAGAAGAAACUGAGCAUCCUCUUCCGGGACACCUACGAGCUCUUCACCGAGGGCAAGAUUGUAGAGUGGACCAAAAAGAUCCAAGACAUAGUGCGGAGCAGGCAGCUCCUGACCAUUUUCCGGGAGGGCAAAGAUGGCCAGCAAGAUGUGGACGUGGCCAUUCUUCAGGCACUGCUCAAAGCUUCCCGAAACCGCGACCACUUUGGCCACGAGAACUGGGAUCACCAGCUGAAGCUGGCAGUGGCCUGGAACAGGGUGGACAUUGCUCGCAGCGAAAUCUUCACAGAUGACCAUGAAUGGAAGCCUGCAGAUCUGCACCCCGUGAUGGCCGCUGCCCUGAUCGCCAACAAGCCGGACUUCGUGAAGCUGUUCUUGGAGCAGGGCGUGCGCCUGAAGGAGUUCGUCACCUGGGACACCCUGAUCUACCUCUACGAGAACAUGGCGCCCUCCAGCCUCUUCCACAGCAAGCUGCAGAAGGUGCUGGUGGAGGAGAAGGAGUGCUCGGCCUUCUCCAAGGUGCCGGUGAUCCAACUGCACCAUGUGUCCCAGGUGCUGAGGGAGCUACUGGGCGACUCUACACAGCCGCUGUACCCGAAGCCCAAGCACGCUGAGCGGCACCGGCUCUCCAUCGCCGUCCCGCACAUCAAGCUCAAUGUACAGGGAGUGAGUCUCCGCUCCCUCUACAAGCGCUCAUCCGGCCGGGUCACCUUCACCAUGGACCCGGUCAGGGACCUCCUCAUUUGGGCUAUUGUCCAGAGUCGCAAGGAGCUGGCAGAAAUCAUCUGGGCUCAGAGUCAGGACUGUAUUGCGGGGGCGCUGGCCUGCAGCAAGAUCCUGAAGGAGCUGUCCAAGGAGGAGGAUGACACGGACAGCAUGGAGGAAAUGCUGACCCUGGCAGAGGAGUAUGAGCACCGAGCCAUCGGCGUGUUCACAGAGUGUUACCGCAAGGACGAGGAGAGAGCCCAGAAGCUCCUCAUCCGUGUCUCGGAGGCCUGGGGCAAAACCACCUGCUUACAGCUGGCGCUGGAGGCCAAGAACAUGAAUUUUGUGUCCCACGGAGGUAUCCAGGCCUUCCUGACCAAAGUCUGGUGGGGGAAGCUGUGCGUGGACAACGGCCUCUGGAGGGUGAUCCUGUGCAUGGUGUUCUUCCCCCUCAUCUACACCAGCUUCGUCACCUUCAGGGAGAAGAGGCUGCAGCCCAUGAGCAGCCUGACACGCACCCGCGCCUUCUUCACGGCCCCCGUUGUCAUCUUCCACCUGAACAUCCUCUCCUACUUCAGCUUCCUCUGGCUUUUCGCCUAUGUCCUGAUGAUUGACUUCCAGGAGACACCGUCCUGGCGGGAGUACUUCAUCUAUUUUUGGCUCUUCUCCCUAGUGUGUGAGGAGACCCGCCAGCUGUUCUAUGACCCCGAUGGCUUUGGAUUACUGAAAAUGGCCUCCUUGUACUUCAGUGAUUUCUGGAACAAACUGGAUGUUUGUGCCAUCUUGAUCUUUAUAGCAGGGCUGACCUGCCGAUGGAUCCCAUCCACUUUGUAUCCAGGACGGAUCAUAUUGUCUCUGGCUUUUAUUAUUUUCUGCUUGCGGCUGAUGCACAUUUUCACAGUCAGUAAAACUCUGGGGCCCAAGAUCAUCAUAGUGAAGAGAAUGAUGAAGGACGUCUUCUUCUUCCUCUUCCUCUUGGCUGUCUGGGUUGUGUCCUUCGGCGUAGCCAAGCAAGCUAUCCUGAUCCAUAAUGAGGAGCGUGUGGACUGGAUCUUCCGGGGUGUCGUCUACCAUUCCUACCUGACGAUUUUUGGGCAGAUCCCUUCCUACAUUGACGGGGUUAACUUCAAUCUUGAUCAGUGCAGCCCGAAUGGAACAGACCCCUACAAGCCCAAGUGCCCUGAGAGCAAUAAGGACAAGCGGCCUGUCUUCCCCGAAUGGCUGACAGUCAUCUUGCUCUGCCUGUAUCUGCUCUUCACAAACAUCCUCCUCCUCAACCUACUCAUCGCCAUGUUCAACUACACGUUUCAGCAGGUGCAGGAGCACACCGACCAGAUCUGGAAGUUCCAGCGGCACGACCUGAUUGAGGAGUAUCACGGCCGGCCUUCUGCUCCCCCACCCUUCAUCCUCUUCAACCACCUGCAGCUCUUUGUCAAGAGGGUCCUGCUCCGGCAGCCAGCGAAGCGGCACAAACAGCUCAAAGAAAAGCUGGAGAAGAACGAGGAAGCGGCCCUUCUCUCCUGGGAGAUGUACCUGAAGGAGAACUACCUGCAGCACCAGCAGUGCCAGGAGAAGCAGAACAUGGAGCAAAAGAUCCGAGAUGUUGCGCAGAGGGUGGACGUGUUGGUGGAGUUGCUGGAUUUGGAUCGGGUGAAGAGGACCGGACUGGUGGAGCAGAGGCUGACUGGCUUGGAAGAGCAGAUGUCGCAGACAGCCAAGACCCUGGCCUGGAUCGUGCGGGCCCUGCGUGGGAAUGGAUUUGGCUCAGAGGAGGACGCGCCCACCAUGGUCCCCAGCAAAGCCCCGAAGCUGACGGAGUACUGCUCGGAGGAGAAGCCCGAGGAGACGACAGCUCCGUACCAUGUGAGCGCCCGCAACCUCCUCUAUCCCAGCUCCUCCACAGUGCGUUUCCCAGUGCCGGACGAGAAGGUGCCCUGGGAGGUGGAGUUCCAGAUCUAUGACCCUCCCUUCUACACUGCAGACAGGAAGGAGGUGGCUGCGUUGGAUCCUCUCAGAGACUCCCUGGAGUCUCUUUCGAAGAUAAACUACAAUGCGAUGGACGGACUGAUCAACCGGCAGAGCUUCCAUGGCACGUACGCCAUCCAGAACAGGCUGCCGCUGAAUCCUAUGGGCAGGACGGGGUUACGAGGCCGAGGAAGCCUACGCUUCUUUGGACCGAACCAUGCGCUGCACCCCAUAGUGACAUGCUGGAGAAGGAAUAUGGAUGGAUCCAUUUAUAGAAAGAGCCUAAAGAAAAUGCUGGAGGUCUUAGUUGUCAAGUCUCCUGUGUCAGAUCACUGGGCUCUGCCAGGGGGAUCACUGGAGCCAGGGGAAUCACUGCCACUGAAGCUGAAGCGGGUCCUGAGGAGGGAGUUCUGGCCACAGUUCCAGAACCUGCUGAAUCAAGGUGCAGAGGUAUACAAAGGCUACGUUGAUGACCCCAGGAACACGGACAAUGCCUGGAUCGAGACAGUGGCCAUCAACGUGCACUUUGAAGAUCAGAACGACGUGCAGAUGAAGCGGCAGAACUUGUUUCUCCAGGGCAGGGACCCAGAGCCGUGUGUCCGGUGGCAGCUGGCGGACAACAGAAUUCCACUGUACACAAACCACAAGGAACUGCUGCAGAAGGUGACUACUCUUUUGGGGGCCUAUUACUGAUAUUAUGGCUGCCACCUGGGAUGGAUUUUCCGGAGCUGGGAGAAGCAUCAUGGAGAUCUGCUUGCCCGGUCCCCUUAUCUCCUGUUGCUCUAGACUGGGGCUUUGGGUGUGUACCUUGGCUUAACCCUCCAGGCUCAGCGAGACCGUGGAUAACACGCCAUGCUACAUGA